AAUAGCUGUUCGGUAAGGUUCUGUAUUUACACUGUGUUACAAAACAUUUUAAAGACCUUAUAGAUUAUACAACUUUUCGAAGGACAGGUGCAGAAAAUAAUGCGAAUAUGGCUAGCUUGAGCCGAAUUCCACUUUCUUUCUCGUGCUUUUCAAGUAUUAAGAAUUCUCCGGCUCAGCUAGCUAUAGUCCAGAAAAGGUGUAAAAGUACAUAUGGACCCUUGAAAGAUGAGGAUAGAAUUUUCACGAACUUGUAUGGCAGACAUGAUUGGAAACUCAAGGGGGCCAUGUCCAGGGGUGACUGGUACAAAACAAAAGAAAUAAUUCUGAAAGGACAUGACUGGAUCCUAAAAGAGAUAACUACCUCAGGACUAAGGGGUAGGGGUGGGGCAGGGUUCCCAACGGGGAUGAAGUGGGGCUUCAUGAAUAAGCCUAGUGACGGAAGGCCUAAGUACCUGGUGGUCAACGCUGACGAGGGAGAGCCAGGCACCUGUAAGGACCGUGAGAUUAUGAGACACGACCCCCACAAGCUGGUGGAGGGGUGUCUGGUGGCCGGCCGAUCUAUGGGGGCCUGUGCUGCUUACAUUUAUAUCAGAGGAGAGUUCUACAAUGAAGCCUCUAAUCUACAGGUUGCCAUUAAUGAGGCAUAUGCUGCCGGUCUGAUUGGUAAGAAUGCCUGUGGGUCAGGCUACGACUUUGAUGUUUAUGUUCACCGGGGAGCUGGAGCGUAUAUUUGCGGAGAAGAAACAUCUCUGAUCGAGUCGUUAGAGGGUAAGGCCGGUAAGCCCCGCCUCAAACCCCCAUUCCCUGCUGAUGUGGGUGUUUUUGGAUGUCCCACCACAGUGGCUAAUGUUGAAACAGUCGCUGUAGCCCCGGUAAUCUGUAGGCGUGGAGGAGAAUGGUUUGCUGGCUUUGGGAGAGAGAGGAAUCGUGGAACCAAGUUAUUUAACAUCUCUGGACAAGUCAACAACCCAGUGACAGUGGAGGAGGAGAUGUCCAUCAGUCUGAAGGAGCUGAUAGAGAGGCACGCGGGCGGGGUCAUCGGGGGCUGGGACAACCUGCUGGGGGUCAUCCCCGGGGGGUCAUCCACACCCAUCAUACCCAAAAGUGUCUGUACUGACGUACUGAUGGACUUUGAUGGAUUGGUCCAGGCUCAGACCGCUCUAGGUACAGCCGCUGUGAUAGUCAUGAAUAAGGACGCUGACGUCAUCAGGUGUAUCUCCCGACUGAUUGAGUUCUAUAAACAUGAGAGCUGUGGACAGUGCACCCCUUGUCGUGAAGGAGUUGGAUGGAUGGCCAAGAUCAUGAAACGUUUUGAGACUGGGAACUUCCAGGAAGGAGAGAUCGACAUGCUCUAUGAGAUCAGUAAACAGAUUGAGGGUCACACCAUCUGUGCCCUGGGGGACGGAGCGGCCUGGCCCGUCCAGGGACUAAUUCGUCACUACAGACCCGAGUUGUUGGAGAGGAUUGAACAGUUCAAACAGAAACAACAAAAGAAGGCGACCGCUUGAUUCGGACACUGUCAGGUGUGUGGUUCUGAGUGGACGGGGACAUCGAGUGUUAACUUAUACAAACUCAACAGAAAACUCUCACUGUCUUGUUGACGUGUAAAUAAUGAUACAGAAAAACAAGUUAUGAAAUAAAUGACAAGAAACCUUA